AUGGGAGUUUUGGGAGUCUCCUUGGAUAAGGAGAGCUUGGGAAUGGAUCCCAAAAACGACGGAGAAAGGAAACGACACGCCCACAGAAUACCCGGUACAUUUUCUUGCCUGCAUGGCGCCAUGGAGUUCUCAAUCACGGGAACGCCCAAGCCAUGCAGUAAACUCACACCUGUCAAUACUGCAACUUCUUUACUCAUCCUCAUGUGUAUCACGCCCUACUGCCAAAACGAACUGCCGCGUAAUGUGUAUGAAUGUCCAAAUGUGCUGUUUGCUAGCCCAUCACUUCGACGUGACGUCAAGUGA